AUGCGUGUCGGGCAACACCCUGGUGAUCAACAAUACUCAGCACUGUCUGGUGCCCGACAUGUAGGUCAGCAAAGCGUCGCAGGCAAACGCCCAACAGCCAAUGCCCUCGCUUUUACGGCGUUAUCGACUACGGCUCACCUUUGGAUCAAUGAAUUGCACGGAGAAUGCAUCAGAAAGCAAGAAACAACAUGGCAAAAGCGUUCAAAUCGACUCGCCCAUUUUUCAGUCGAUACGUCUAUUCUCGUUUGUUUCGGUGAGUGCUCGACGGUAUCGACUUGUGAGAGAUCAACUGCCUUUCAUUUGAUACGCUCGGAUGUCGGCGAGACGGGAUUGAAAGGUGUGAUCGACGUUCAUCUUUCCGAUUUACAGACCAAUUCCCGUGUACGCGACCUCAUAGCGAUUGUUGAAACAAAACUCCAAGCAUUGCCCCAGCAACGAGAUUGUAUUCGCACCGUGAAAGUUAUUUAUCUGCAUGGAUCUCGUAUCAGUAAUAACCAGUUCGUCGUGUCGCUGAUUCCUGAUCUGGAAAGUAGCGCCCCACGCCUGCUUGUGGCAGUGCAAGCUAGAUCUAAUUGCACGAAAGACAAAGCUUUAAUGGUGCACGUCAAGUCUUGUGAAACAGGCGAACUUGUUUCAAUUGUUUGCACACCUGAAGAUACAGUGGACGACGUCAAGACCCGGAUCCAAGCAGAAUGGCAAAUUCCAGCUUGUAAGCAGCGUAUCAUAUUUGCAGGCAAAACAGCUUGA